AUGAUGCAACGGAGGACGCCGGUAUCGGUGUCGUUCCCCCAGCUUCCGAAGAAGGCGGCGUACGUGCUCAUUAACAACCCGGCCAAGCGGAAUGCCCUGGCCCUCGGCGUCCUGCGCGACCUCAAGGCGCAACUCGUGUCCAGCAUGACCGGCACCAGCGGGCGGCUGCUCACCUUGCCUACAUUCGAUCCCAUGAUUCUUGACAAGAUGGAAGCCGGGGACGAGGAGUAUGCGUGGCUCCUUGACGGCGCUGCUUGGCGGGCAGAGCGCGCCCAUCUCCCGAACGUCCUUGUUCUGCGGUCCGAGGGCCCGGUGUUCUCAUCCGGGCACGACCUCAAGGAACUUGCGGGUCUCUCGCACGACGAGGUCAAGGAGACGUUUGCGCUGUGCGCCGACGUUAUGCGUCUUAUUCGUCACUCGCCUGCCCCGGUCGUCUGCCCCAUCCAGGGACUCGCCACGGCGGCCGGAUUUCAGCUCGCCAUGUCCACAGACUAUCCGAUUACGCUGGCCAACACGCCCUUCAGGCUGCCGGGGGCGACGAUCGGACUUCCCUGCACUUCUCCUUCUACGGCGAUCUCGCGCCGGCUUGGCGCAGGACUCACGUACCGCAUGCUCGCGACGGCGGAUACCAUCACCGCCGGCGAGGUGGGGAGCGGAGCAAUCGAUAUCGUACCCGUCAGCCAGUGGGAGGAGAGCACGGACGUAAAUGCCAAGGCGUUUGAGAAGCGCGUCGCCAAUGUCAUCUCUAGACUGGCGGACGAAACGGCAGGCCAGCCUCUCGCCCUCGGCAAGUGGGCGUAUUGGACCCAGCUGGGUAUUCAGGGGAGUGGAGGCGACGGGUACGAGGAAGCGGCGACAUGGGCCGGCCGCGUUAUGGCGCUGCAUGCGCGCGCCGAGGAUGCCAAGGAGGGCAUUGCCGCAUUCUUUGGGAAGCGCAAGCCCGAGUGGAAGACUUAG